CCUGCGCGUUGCACGUUAGCCCUACCAUUGAAUUUGGAAGAGGCACAUUAGCCCUUGGCAGAGCUGCCUGUUUAUGGCAGGCGUGGGUGUCUCUGUGUCUCAGGGCAGGCGUCUGGCCCGCAGCGCGCUCAGCCAUUGGAUCAACCCGCCCCGCAGUUAUCUGGGGCCGAUCUCGGCCUGCUCCGCGGGGUUUUAAAUAUGCGCUUUCCGAGCACACCCCGGGGGUGCAGGUGGCGGGGGCUAGGAGGGGGGUAUUUGCGCUGUGCCUCGGGAGCGGGACGUGCCAAGCCAGGCCGAGGCUCCCCCUGCCCGGGAGCGCGUGUGCGUGUGUGUGGGGCCGCGGUGUGUGCCUGAUAGGAAACCGUAAAAGCAGCGAGGCAGGUCAUUCGGGGAGCGAGUCCGUCCCAGCCCGGGCACCGCCGCCGCGCAGAGCAGCAGCCGGACGGCAGCGGCGCCGCCAGCAGUGCGGAGCGGAGCGGAGCGGGCCGGGGGCGGCCGCGGCAGCCCCUCCCGGGGCCUGGGCCCCCUGCGCCGCCGCCUGCUGCUGUGCUGGCCGCGGGCCCCCUCCCCCGGCCGCGGGCAGCGCCCAUGAGCUCCUACUUUGUCAACCCGCUGUACGCCAAGUACAAGGCGGCGGCGGCCGCGGCCGCGGCGGCGGCGGCGGCGGGCGAGCCCCUGGGCCCUGCGUACUACGACUGCCCUUUUGCGCCCGAGGUGAGCGGCCGCCACGCCGCCGCCGCCACCGCCCUGCUGUACGGGACCAGCGCGGCUGCCGCCGCGGGCUUCCAGCCGCACCCCGGGCCCGGCGGCGGGGGCCCAGACUAUUACCUGCCGGCCGGGGGGAGCCCCGCGGCUGCCUACCAGCCGCCUCCUCCCCCUGCUCCCGCGCCGCCUCCUCCUGCCCCCUGCGGCGGGAUUACCUGUCACGGGGAGCCCGCGAAAUUUUACGGAUACGAUAAUUUACAGAGACAGCAGCUUUUUACGACCCAGCAAGAGGCCGAGCUGGUACAAUAUCCUGACUGUAAAUCGUCCAGUGCUAAUAUUGGCGAGGAACCAGACCACUUAAAUCAGAGCUCGUCUCCCGCUCCAAUGUUCCCCUGGAUGAGACCGCAAGCAGCGCCUGGUAGGAGGAGAGGAAGACAAACAUACAGUCGUUUCCAGACGCUAGAGCUGGAAAAGGAAUUUCUGUUUAACCCUUAUCUGACAAGGAAGAGAAGGAUUGAGGUAUCCCACGCGCUAGGACUCACCGAGAGGCAGGUAAAGAUCUGGUUUCAGAACAGGAGGAUGAAAUGGAAAAAAGAAAACAACAAAGACAAAUUCCCAGCUUCCAGACAGGAGGGAAAGGAAGGGGAGGCCAAAAAGGAAGCACAUGAUCUGGAAGAAGACAGAGCUGAAGGCCAGACGAAUUAAGUUUUGCCUUUAAACAUUAAUAAAAGACUAUUGAAAAUAACGAUCCACGCAUGCUGGGAAACACGGCCGGUUUUCUUUGCUGUAAAGGUCCUUACUUGUGUUUCAGGCUAUCCUGUGUCUUUAGGCUUGACGUUUCUGUACUUUUGUUUUUUGUUUUGUUUUUACUGUAUCAGGCCCAAUCUCUAGAUCACUUAUUCUUAUUUACAUGGAAAUUUGAUACCGAAUAUGUAGCAAUAUAUUUUGAUUGUAAUUUUCCAAAGUUUAAAAGAUGGUGAUUACUGUCAG